UGAAACAAAGAUCAUAAUUGUGUUUUAGUGUCAAAAAUGUUCCCCAUGGUGCAUUUAUAUUAUUUUUUUUGAGAAAUCAAACAACACAAUUUUGUUUUUGAAUUUGAUGAUCAUUAUUCAACAUGCCAAUUCGUACAUAAUAUUCUUCACUACUUCAACAUCAGUCUUGAUUUUGUGUUUGUGUGUGUGUGUCUGGCUGUGUGUGCAUGUGUCUGUCUCUCCUCUGUGAGUGUAUAUGUCUGUCUCUAGCUGUGUGUGUUUGUGUGUGUUUUUUUUUGUGAGUACAUUUCAACUUGUAUCUAUUGUUUGAACUUUCACCUCUAAUUUUAUUCUGACCGUUCUGAUGAGAGAAGACACCCAUAUUUAUGAAGCAAUUGCAUUCUUUUUAUUUAACUAGAGUGUAACACCAUCCUCUUGCUUUUUGUACAAAAUUUGCCAACCAACACACAGUGAGAUAUAAGAAAUCUACUAAUUUCAGUUCUUGGAGGAAAAAUAUUUCUACUUAUUUGCAUUUGUCUAAGUUUUCUAAUUUAUUUUUAAAAAGUUCAUCAUAGUUCUACAGGAGACAACUGAUUAUCUUCAGUAAUUGCAUACUGAGAAAUCACAGAUAACGCAAUCAAGACAAUAUACAGAUUCAUGGUUAUUUACAUUCAAAUGCACAUUUUAUAAAAACUAAUUUUUUUAACUAAAAAAAAUACAUACUGUUAUAAAUGAGAAGUGUCAUUUUGUACAAUACACUAUAAUGAAAUCUUGGUCUAGUAGGACAGAGGAAAUCAUUUCACAGUUGAUCAAGUAAGGAUGAGUAGGUCUUUUUGAAUUUCGAGGUCUAAAAAAUUCAAUCUGUGUCUACUCUCACUAUACUCAGAGUCAUUGAGGACCUGUACGCAUUAUUUCCCACCAAAUGAGUUUUUAAAAACAUCUGGUGAUAGAGUGGUGAGUUAUGAAAAUUCUCCACGUACAACAGAAACUGCAGAUCUUUAAAACCAACAAUCUGACCACUUUCAAAACCAAGAAAGCUGCCUAGAAGUGGGUCACUGUGCAGUGAGUUAACGUCAUCACUCGCUCACCCUUCGAUUGGGACGAGACAGCUCACGCUCAAACAUUAAAUGAGGGUGAGAGAACACUAGUUUGGGCAUGGCCUUGAGUGCAUAGUUAAAUAAAUAACAACUGUUUAAACCUGAUUACUUUAAUAAAAACAUUCCAGUACAGUUAUAAAUAUAAAAAAAUGCUGAGAGUAUGUCAAGCAAAAGAAAAAAAUAAUAAUUUUUUUUAUUUGAGAGGGAGGAAUAAAAUUAUGUUGUUAUUUUUUAACAAAAGCUUUAUGUAAUAUUUUAUAACUUUUGGAAAAACUGUAACAUGUUCUACAAAGAUUAUUGUGUCUUUGCAGUAAAACAUAUUGUGACAGAACAAAGACAUACCAUAAAUAGAUGUAGAUAUACAUCUUUCAAGCAAGAAAAAAUUUAAGCUAAACACAGACGUUCUUACACUCAGUCAUGGUGAAGAGCUGAUAAGGUCUCAACAUGUGUGUCUGCCAGGAGAUAUCAGUGCAUUGUGUCUGUUGUUUGCUGUGUUGAUCCUGCACCUCGGUCUGUACUUGCUCUGUUCAUUGUUAGGCAGCUGUUAGUCAUGGUGGAGAAAUUCCUGGGCAGUUCUCGGGGCAGGAGAAGCAAGACCCGUUAUGUGGAGGUUCAGAUGUGUUCAACCCAGCCUCGCAGGAUUCUGAAGUCUGGUGAAUGCAACGUGCACCCAAAGAACUGGGGAGUGAUUGAUGCUCGCUACCUGCGAGACUUCAUCACCACGUUGGUGGACAUGAAAUGGCGAUGGGUGCUGCUGAUACUGAAUGCGAGCUUCUUCAGCAGCUGGUUUCUCUUUGCCGUUCUGUGGUGGAUAAGUCUGUAUGCCCACGGGGACCUCGAGCCGGGGCAUUUGCCCCCCUUCCAGGCCGAGACGGGCUGGACCCCUUGCGUCACCGGCAUCUACAACUUCACCUCCAUCUUCAUGCUGAGUAUGGAGAACCAGCACACGACCGGUUUCGGCGCGAGGAUGCCCACGGAGGAGUGUCCCGAGGCAGUGUUCCUCAUGUGCAUGCAGGCGAUCGUCGGCGUCACCAUCCAGGCCGUGUUCGUCGGUAUCGUGUUUGCUAAACUGAUACGCCCAAAGCAACGCACCAACACGUUGCUCUUCGGCCACCACGCGGUCGUGUGCAUGAGGUACGGCAAAUUGUGCCUGGUGGUUCGCAUCGGUGACUUGCGCAAGUCCAACAUCAUCGAAUGCAACGUCUCCAUGCAACUGGUCGUCAGCAACUUGACUCCGGAGGGAGAAGUGCUGUCUCCGGUGAGGACUGAGCUCAGCGUCUUGCACAAGCAGACAAAAACACAAUUCUACCUGCUCUGGCCCGAGCAAGUUGUGCACGUCAUAGAUAAAAACAGUCCGCUGUACGAAAUGUCGGCUCAUGAUUUGGCAAGAGCAAAUUUAGAGAUAAUGGUGGUCUUGGAAGGUACGAUGGACUCGACUGAUCAGAGGGUGCAGGCAAAAACGUCUUACAUCCCAGAAGAGAUCCGGUGGGGGCACCGGUUCUGUCCCCUUGUCAUAUAUGACAAGGAGAGGAGGAGCUACGUUGCAGACUACAGUCAGUUUGACCUCACCUUUCCUAUCAAUACUCCUCUGUGCAGUGCAGAGGAACUGGAUUUGCAGCAAGCUCAGGGCAAUGCAGAGACUUCAAUUCAAAACAUUGGUAUUCCUGAUGCAUCCAAUGCUUGAAUAUUUUGCUGAUUCUGCUGCACAAAUUUCAACAGGAAAAACGUAGCACUGUGUAAAACAAUUUCAGAUUUAUGAUUUAUGAAACAAAAUACAAUAAGUGUAAGAAAA